ACUGCGGAAGUAGGAAGCUAAGGGGAAUUCCUGCUUACCAAGCUUGAGCCUGGCGGUGUCAAUAUCAGCCAGCUAUAUCAGAAAGCAAGGUUGACAAUCAGCUAGCAAGAUAUUACAGUCGUAUAUCUUCUGCUUUGCGAUCGUAGACAUACAUUAAUAACGCCACCAGGAAAAGAAAAAAGAAAAACACCGGAGCGGACUGUGAAUACACCUUUGCUAAGUAGGAAGUUAGACGAAUCAACAGCGUCCGUCUGCUAGCUAGCUAGCAGCCAGCUAGCUAAAAAGCCAACACGCACCGAGAGCGGAGGGUGAUGGUUCAGCCCCAGGCUCAUGUGGAUAGUGCUCUGCAGUGGGACAUGACCGGAGGCGAAGUGCUGGGUGCUGGGGGCUAUGGGUCACUGGGAGCUAGCUCUCAGGGGUCACUCCGGAUCCCCCAGGAGCUGGCAUCCAAUGAGGUGGUGCAUAGGCUGCUGGGAGACAAUCACCAGCUGAGAGAGGCGCUGCGGCGCAGCAACGCUGCCCUCAGGGAGCGCUGCGAGGAGAUGGAGGGAUGGCAGCGGAAGACGCGGGAGGAGCGGGAGUUCCUGGGCUCCCGGUUCCGGGAGGCCCGGGCCCUCGUGGAGAGGCUGGCACGCGAGAACAAGGCCUUGACGGGCCAGCUCAACCACACGGGCGCCGGCGUGCCACGGCUGAGUCUGAGUGCAGAGCAGAACCGCACAGACGCCCAGAGGGACGCGCCUCAGAAUCCUCCAGAGGUAGCCGAGCUGAGGGUGGAGAAGGAGGGGCAGAAGGGAGUGGAGAGGGAAGCUGACCGACAGACCCCCCCACAGAGUGUGGCUGACUCAAGUGUGUGUAGCUCCUGCAGUACUGUGUACCCCAGCCUGGCUGACAGCCUGUCUUCUCCUGAAAGAGAAGAUGGGGGAGAGGGAGAGGGUGGGGCCAGCAGCCAGGUCAUUGGAGGAGGGAAUGAGUUUCUACAGCUGCUCAAGAGCCACAAAGAAAAGUUGGAGGAGGGGAUGAGGGAACUGAGGAGGAGAAAUGAGGAGCUGGAGAAGGAGGUGGAGGAGGGGGUGAGGGAGAGAGACAGCCUGCGCAGCACGAAUGUGCAGCUGCAGGCAAAGCUCACCGAGAUACAGGGCUGCAGUGUGGUAGAAGAGACCAUUCAGCGUUCAGAGUCACACGCCGUUAGUGCAGAAAGCUCCAGUCUGGUCCGGCUGAAAGAGCAGCUACAGGCCACACAGUGCAGGUAUAACGAGCUCCAGGAGAAAUUAGACUGCCUCCAGAAAACCACGGUUCAGCGAGACAGAACAGAGGCCUUGCUAAAACAGAAGGACAAGGAGUGCGCCCAGCUGGCGAAAGACAACGAGGCCCUGAAGGCCCAGGUGACCUCGCUGCUGGGGGAGCUGAAUGAGAGGCAGAGCUGCCUGGACAAGAGCGAGACGGACAGGGAGCGGCUCAAUGAGACGCUGGCUGUGAGGACAGAGGCACUGCACAGCAUGGAGCGGGAGGUGGACCAGCUGAAGAAGCAGCAUGGCGUGACUGUGGACAAGCUGCGGCUGCAGACGCAGAGCCUGGAGGCUGCCCUGCGGACAGAGAGGCUCGUCCUCACCGAGGAGAAGAGGAAGCUGGUCCAGCUGCAGCACGCCUACACUCAGCUGUUCAAAGACUACGACACCUUAUUGAAGAAGGUCACUCCAAACGGAGGAGAGGUGGAGGACCUGUCGAAGAGGCUGGUGGAUGCCGAGACGGCCCUGGCUCUGAAGCAGGGCCUUAUCGACAAGCUGAAGGAGGAGGUGGAGCGGCUGAAGGCGUCUCUGGAAACCCUGCCAGUGCUCGCCGCACAGGCGGAGAUCUACAAGGCGGACUUCCUCGCGGAGAGGGAGGCCCGGGAGAAGUUGCAUCAGCACAAGGAGGAGCUGCAGGAGCGGCUGAACCAGGCUCUGGCUGACAUCGAGAGGCUCAAUCACGAGCUGGACACACGACAGAGGAUACAAGACAUGCGGCAGAGGCACGUGGAAGAUUUCCCGGGGGCCCAGUCCCAGACAGGCUUCCCAGGGGCCACGGUUCCCUUCAACCCUGCUCAGCUUCCCUCGUUCCGCAUGACUGAAGAGGUGCCCGAUUACCGCUGCCCAAAGUGCCAGACCCAGGCACCAGACAUGGACACCUUGCAGAUCCACGUCAUGGACUGCAUCCAGUGAGAGAGAGAGAGAGAGAGAGAGAGGUGGAUCACUCUCUGCGGACUCCACUGUGAAAACAAGGAAGAGGAACUAGGAGCAAGAUGGUGGAGUAGAGUGACAAUGGUGGGGUGGCAUGUUUGGUGGACAUGUACUGUACAUCUCCACCUGUCAUGAGGAAGGAAGAUACUUUUUACUCACUGCUAUGGUUAAUGUCACCAGAAUAGAAAUAUUGAUAAUACUUCCAUUCUUAUGGAUCUCUGUCAGUGUUUGCAGGUAAUUCUAAUAAUUCUACUAUCUCUCUUCAUGUAGUACACUGUAUUGUACUUCAGGCAUGUGUCUGUGCUUUUGUCAGUAUCUUUCUGUGCUCCAGAAUGUAAGUGUUUGUCUUUGAGGGGCAAUGCCAGCCUGUGUACUGUCUGUAAUUCAAAAUGUUAAAAUAAAAAUGUUCUUCCUCAUGUAAAUUGUGGUAAUGGAAACAGAGAUUUAACAAAUAAAUAUUAAUG